AAUUAAAGUUAGAAUCCAUAAGUUAUUAAAGUUAGAAUUGUUAUUGAGAAUUCAAAGUUAGAAUUAGUUGGGAUUGUGCUUUUCAAAAUUAUAUUAAAGUUAGAAUUUAUAAAUUAUUAAAGUUAGAAUUGUUAUUGAGAAUCCAAAGUUAGAAAUGGUUGGGAUUGUGUUUUCUUAAGUUAUAUUUUAAGUCAGAAUUCUUAAGUUAUAAUAUAUUUCUAUAACCUCAAUAAUUUGUGGGUAUAUUUUUGUAGAUGGAUCGUAUGUGGAUGUAUAAUAUGAAUAAUAGUAAUCGUGUGGGUGUACAUGAUGAAUUUGUUGAAGGUGUUGAUGGGUUUAUCAAACAUGCAAUGACACUUUACCCUUUUCAAAAUGAAGGGGUAAUUAGGUGUCCUUGUUCUCAUUGCCGGUGUAUGAAGUAUUUGAAACCGGAAGCGGUUAGGGUUCAUUUAUAUAGUCGUGGGUUUAAGCAGAAAUAUUAUGUUUGGACUGAUCAUGGAGAGACUGAUGGGGUCAAUGGUAUAUUUUACAAUAUGGUUGUCGGUGAAAGUAGUGUGUCGCAGGAAUAUAGUCACGUCCAAUAUGAUAGAGUUAAUGAUAUGGUUAAUGAUGCUUUUGGCGUACAGUCUGGGUUUGAACCUGAGCAAAAUUUUGAGGAACCUCCUAAUGAAGAAGCAAUGCGCUUCUAUCAAGAAUUAGAAGAGGCUAGUCAUCCACUUUGGGUAGGGAGUCAGCAUUCUAAGUUGUCUAUUGCAGUUAGAAUGAUUAACAUCAAAUCAGAUUGGACUGUUGCUGAAGCUGCUAUGGAUUCAAUGAUUAAGCUUGUAGGGGAACUAGUUAGUCCGGAAUUCGAUAUACCUAAGAGUUACUAUGAAGCAAAGAGAUUGGUUUCCAAAUUAGGAUUGUCGUAUGAUAGAAUUCAUUAUUGUCCAAACGGUUGUAUGUUGUUCUAUAAGCAAGAUGUUGAUUUAAAUGAAUGUAAAAUAUGUGGACAUGCGCGUUAUAAGCGGACACCAAGUGGGAAGACGGUUCCAAUUAAGGCGAUGCAUUAUUUACCUAUUAUACCUAGGUUAAAGAGGUUGUUUGCAUCGCCGAGUUCUGCUCCUCACAUGAGAUGGCACAGCGAAAAUAGAAGGCCACCUGGUGUUAUGUGUCAUCCAUCGGAUGGAGAAGCGUGGAAACAUUUUGAUAGAACUUAUCCUGAUUUUGCUAGUGAAUCAAGAAACAUUCGUUUGGGUUUGUGUGCGGAUGGUUUCACACCAUACUCUGUUUCGGCUGCACCCUAUUCUUGUUGGCCUGUAUUUCUUACUCCAUAUAAUCUACCGCCUGAGAUGUGUAUGACAAGUCCCUAUAUAUUCCUAAAUUGUGUUAUCCCUGGUCCUCGUAAUCCAAAAGUUUUGAUUGAUGUCUAUCUACAACCUUUGAUUGAUGAGUUAAAACAAUUGUGGUGUGAAGGUGUAGUGACAUAUGAUAUAUCAACUAAGGCAUAUUGGCAAACUCCUGAGUUUAUCGCCAAGUCUGAGCAGGCAAAGGCUGCCCGUGCAUCCCAGAAAGGUGGCUCUUUGCACACUGCGGGUGCAAGAAGUCAGGGGCACGUGGCUAGGACAAUGAAAAAAGCUACGGGACAGAUGCCAACUCAGGAUCAGCUAUUCCUAAAGACCCAUACAAAAAAGAAGAAGCACGAGUCGGAUCCGACCUUAUGGGUUGAGGACAGGGCUCAUGAUUCCUAUAGGCAAUAUAUGGAUCAUGUGGACCAGUACAGCCAAACUCAGCCUGAGCAUCCGAGCCGUCCUCCACCGGAAUUAGAGAUAGAUUUUUGGUGUAGAACAGUUGGGGGAGUACAAAAGGGUAGAGCGUACGGUCUAGGCCCAAGGAACAACUUAAGUCGCCUUCGGUCAGGAUUGCGAGGUGAAGGGUCUUCUCGACAAGCCGAGGGAGUUGAUGAUGUUCAGGUCGCAGCUAUGGCGCAGCAAAUUGCUGAACUUAAUAGGAAAUUAGCUGAACUGAGGCAAGAAGAGUUGAGGAAAGUAACACCAUGAAAGCGAAUAUUGAAUUGCUAAUGGCACAAGUUAAAAGCCACAUCGCAUGUGGACGUUUUGGUGUGCCCCCUUCUCCCCCUCCCUCUGACCCAGAAGAUGAUGAUGACGGUGAUUUCGUAGCUCGAACACCGGAUGAUCAGUUGUAGUAGUUUGAAUUUAAUAAUGGACUUAUGUUAAAACUAGUUAAUGGUACUUUUGGUUGGUCAUUUAAAUAUUUCAGAACUU